UCGGACGUUGAAGAGAGGACUGUUAAGCGCGUGCAUACGUGUGAUAUUGCCGACACAAGGAUUCGGUGUUGGCACGUAGCUCCUCGUCCGUUCGUACGAUCCUACCUGCACUGAUAUAUCGAGUGCAGCGAGAAAAAGUGCUGCGGUGAAUAAAGAAAGGGAGAAAGAGAGGGAGAGAGACAGAGUGGGAGGGACAGGAGGUGGACAGACAGGCACACGGCGAAGGAAAAAGGAGCGAGGAAGAGGGAGAAGAAGGAGAGGUAAACAACGCCAUCGAGAGACACCACUGAGAGGCUGUUGCACAAUUUUACGUCAGCCUAGGUUUCUCGUUGCGCGACCGAUCCUCUCGGGCGAACGAAGAAUUGACAGUGAGUGUGUAUCUCUGACACGAAGCGGCGACGCUCGACAACGCAGCCACUGCCGCGCGUUCUUUGAGGGGAAAAAAACGGAAAUCGAGGGAAACGACACCACGCGCGUAAUUCCGAAAUAAACACGUAACUCAGGCCUUUGACCGCGUCGGGUGGUUACCUACAAGGAAGAUCACGUGUGGGAACAGAAAGAGACAUCGUAGAAUCGCCAGGUGGACCGGCAUUUGUUUACGCGACCCCUUGUUGAACGUGUUUCUCUCGUGCGUAUAUACGGGAUCGAUUCAGUCUGAUCGAGACAGGGAGAUGCCGUGGUAGGACACGUGUGUCUUCUUGUCAGCGGCUCGUCGUGGAAUUGAAUUCUCCAUUGACCAGAAGAAUUUAAAACGUAGUGAUUUCGUUAGAGGGAACCGUGUGGUUCGGUGACCGAUCGGCUGAGAGCGCGGAGCACGAACGAGACCGACCGAACGUGCAGCCAGCCGCUCGGAGAAAGAACGAGAAACGAGAACCCGUCGGAGUAGGGGCGGAAGAAGAAAGAAGGAAGAAGGACGAAAGGUCGAAGGAGAAGGAGAAACUGGAGAAAAGGAAAAGAGGGAGGCAACGCCGCGUGGACACGGCCGUGUACGAUCCGUGUGUUCGUUUCGUUUCGUGUUUCGUUUUAACUGCUUUUCGUGGCGUGCGCGGUAGAUGAGGUCCUGCGGAGAUUAUCAUCGACGUAGGCACACACGGAUUUCCUAUCGUUGUUCCCCCGCGAUAUAACCUCACUUCGGUGUUCUCCGUUUCGUGACAGCCGAUACGAGGAGUUACACCUCACGAGUUCUGAAAUACCGACGACCCAUCGGGGUCGCAACGCUGAACAACCAUGUACAAGCUACUAGGGGAUCUCGGGCAUUACCUGAAAUGGCAGGAAAUCUCGACGGACUCGAUGGUGUUUCGGUUGCACAACCAUUUCACCACGGUGCUGCUUUUCACGUGCUCGAUGGUGAUCACGGCCACCCAAUACGUCGGUAAUCCGAUCUCCUGUAUCGUUAAAGGUUUACCCCCGCACCCCAUCAACACUUAUUGCUGGAUCACGUCUACGUUCACCAUGCCGGACGCGUUCAAUCGACAGGUCGGCGUGGAGGUCGCCCAUCCAGGAGUGGCGAACGACUUCGGCGACGUCGACGCGAGGAAAUACUACACUUACUACCAGUGGGUGUGCUUCGUGUUGUUCUUCCAGGCGGUAAUGUGCUACGUGCCGCAGUGGCUGUGGAACUUGUGGGAGGGCGGUUUGAUCAACGCGUUGGUCAUGGGCAUGAAUCACGGCCUUGAUAGCGAGGAGAACAUCCAGAAGAAAAAGUCGGUGCUGAUGGAUUAUCUAAUGAGUCACAUACAGAAUCACAACAGUUACGUGUACCGGUACUUCGCCUGCGAGGCCCUGUGUCUGGUGAACAUCUUCCUUCAAAUGUACAUGAUGAACCGGUUCUUCGACGGCGAGUUCUUCAGCUACGGCCUCCGGGUGCUGCAGUUCUCCGACGUGCCCCAGGAGGAACGAAUGGACCCGAUGGUCUACGUGUUCCCCCGCGUGACCAAGUGCAUCUUUCACAAGUAUGGUGCCUCCGGCACGAUACAGACGCACGACUCUCUGUGCGUGCUGCCGCUGAACAUCGUGAACGAGAAGACGUACAUCUUCAUUUGGUUCUGGUUCACGAUCCUUUCCGCGUUGCUCAUCGGUCUGAUGGUCUACCGUGCGGCGAUCAUCUUCGCGCCCGUGGUACGACCCAGGCUGCUUCAUUUAUCGUCGCGACUGCUCUCCAUUGAGACCUGCUACAGCAUUAGCAAAAAGAUCGAUCUAGGCGACUGGUGGAUCCUCUACGUUCUCUCCUCGAACAUAGACUCGCUGAUCUACAGGGAUUUCUUGCAGGAACUCACCAAGAAAAUGAGCGAUUUGCAGUCGGUCUCCGCCUAAUGGUCGACCGAAAGAAUGGAAUUCAAUGCGAAAGACACACCCCGACCAGAGCCAUCCGCCGCGGCUGGCUCGUCCCUCUCGUUUCCCUGAGAACCCUGAAUGGGAAGUAUCGUUAGAAUCUAUGUCUCCGUAGAUAGCCAUUGCGUACAUCUGCAACGGUUCACCCUCCCCUCCCCAAAAGAAACCUUGAGUAUCUUCAUAUCAGGCCGAGCCUAAUCGAUCGCUGCGCACGACUGAUAGAGAACGUUGCAGACACGCGAUAUGACGCUCUAAUACCGCGCAACCUACCGCUCUAGGAUCUCUGUAUGCGUGCCCCCGGGGGCUGCGUGAGUGUGUGGUCUAUGUAUGUAUGUAUGUGUGCGUAUGUGUGACUGCGUGAACCAUCGUUAUCCCGACGGUUGUACCGAGAAUCGUUCCGUUCUUGUUUAGCGUCCAUUCAUCCCCCCCUCAAAAGCGAAGCUGCUGUUAUUUCGAGGACUAAUUGCUCAAAGCAGAUCGACGGACGCGUCUCAUCGUUACCGUGUCCGGCUGCGGCGACCGAGGAAUUCUGGAUCACGUGGGAUCUUAGCGUAGGGAACGCCUUUUACCGUGCAACAAUUUUUCUACCCGUGAGAUCAUAUAUUCUGAACGACAAUUUCAGCUGUCCCGCCGCGUCUUGAUUCUAAACACGCGUGUAUUGUUGCGAGAAAUUGUUUUCUCAUAUACAUUCCUAUCUAUAGCGUAUUUCGUGUGGUUUUAGGGAACACGAAGAACCCAAAGCGGAAUAACCACGUGUCUCUCCUUGGGUGACGGUUUCCGUAGCUUCUGGUAUUCCGUUUCGAGAACAAUUGUAUAGCGAAACGCUUGCCAGUAAGACACCACGUGGCCACACCGGGCAAUUGUCCGUGUCGCAAGAAAAAAAAAACACUUUGUACUGACUAUUUUACCCGCUUGUGUUCCAUUGACGAGGUAACGUUGUCGAAAAACUUUGUUUAAUAGGAUACUGCGAACAGAGUCUAUAGAGAGGAGUCCUGCUUUCUCUUUCGCCAAGUUUUACUGUAUGCAAUACGUUUUUAUGGAUGAAUAAGCGUUAAACGAGUUGUAUGAUUUCCGUAGUUUCUGUUGAGACCCGAGAACCGAGCCCAGUGUUCGACGGUGUUAUAUCUCUGGACGUUUAAGAAUAUAAUCAACAAAGAUCGCAGGAGGUUCGAUGCUGCCUCUUAUCAACCUGGCCAUUGAUGUUCCAGGAACUUUGUAUCGAGCAAAGGAACGUCGGUAUACAGUGUUCGAUAUACCUAUUUUAGCUCAUUCUUUUUGUUUUUCUUUUUCUUUUUCUUUUUUUAAACGUUUAAUCGUAGCAAAGUAAAAGAGAAGCUUCGCGGCAGUCGAUGCUUCCCGACCGAGGCGUACAUCCCGUUUCGAUCGUGGUCUUGCUGUGUUAGCGGCGAUAAACCUGCCACGCAAUGCUUUUGAAGUUCAUAGAGGUUCUUCUAUCAGAUAGCGAAUAGCUGAGAAGAAGGUGAUAACAGAUAUUCUGGCGUUAUGCUU